AUGUGGAAAGCCGACUUCGUGUCCCGCACCACCAUCACCAUCUCUGCCUUCGCCGGCGAAUACGACAUCUGCCCCAAGGAUGGCCCCGCUGCCUUCUUGACCUUCCAGCUCUCUGACUGUAUCUUACAGAUCUCAAAAAUGAACAUCUGCCGCUUACAGCACAUUUUUCAGGUUCCCACACGUCAGGUCAUGGACCGCUUUUAUAUCCAGGGCUACCAGGACAUGGUCUCCUUCCUAAAAAGACUGAGGGAUUUCCAGGUGAAUUACUUCGAGGGCUUCACACUUUCCUUGGCCAAUGAAUCAAAUCAGAAAGGUGACGAGACCCUGCAACGGAAGCCUCGACUGAGUGUUUUUCACUCCAGAGCCACAGAUCAUGAGGGUGACACCAAAGAGAGUCCAGGAAUCCACCAGGCAGCAGAUGAAGAAGAAUAG